AUGGCGGGACGCGGAUCUGCUGUUCCCAUUUUGGGCCUCGUGCUUCUCGCCUGCGCGGUUGGAACGGUCAUCGCUUCGGAGGAUGCCUCCGUUCUCCAGGCCCGUGUGUUGGCCGGUCUGAAGGCUCCUCGGAAGCUUUUGCAAGCUCCAACCCCUUCCCCCUUUGGGUGCGCCCCCCCCUUCAACACGGCCUGCCCCCAAGUCGGCACGACAGACUUUCUCUGUUGCGCGGGGGGUUGCCCCGAGCUAGGAACAUCUACCUAUGCCAAAUGUUCGGGGCCUACGGUGUUCAACCCCCGACCGACUACGCCCCCUCCGACCACCCCAGCGCCAUUGUCCGCCACGUGUCCCGACCAGGCCUUCGUGUGCCCCACGUUUGGCCUCCUGGCGGGGACCCGCUUCCUCUGCUGCCCCAACCAGUGCCCGGGGGAAAACGAAUCAAUCAUUGACUGCACGGCCGCUGAACCGGCUACUCCCGCCCCGACCACUCCCGGCCAACCCGCGCCAGCCCCGACCACUCCCGGUGUAACCACGCUCGCCCCGACCGCUCCUGCUCCAACCGUUCCCCUCCCGAUCGCCUCCGCACCAGUCACUCCUCCUCUCCCGACCAUCCCUCCGGUGCUGCUUGCUCCUGCCCCGGCCGCUUUUGCCCCGACCGGUCUUCCCCCGGUCACUCCUCUUCCGACCGUCCCCUUCGUAGUUCCUCCCGUGACGAUCGCCCCUCUACCGAGUGAAAUUCCCACGCUUCCUCCUUUGCCCUUCUUACCGGCUCCGGGCCCAACAAUCGCGCCGAUCCCCCCUCUCCCGACCACUCCUACCGGCCCAAUCGCCGCUCCGUCGACCUUCCCUCCGCUGCCUUUCCCUCCCAUUCCCCUUCCCACCGAGACUCCCAUCGCUCCGCUCCCGACAAUUCCCCCGAACAUCCCUAUCGCCCCUCUCCCGACCUUUAUUCCGAUCCCUCUACCGACUACCCCUCUCAUCCCCCUUCCCACUGGAGAAGGCACGGCUCCCCCGGUCACUUUCCCGACCACUAUUCCCCUCCCUCUGCCGACCGCCACCGUGGUCGGCCUUCCUUUCCCGACCAACUCUCCCGCCAAUUUCGGCCCGACCACGCCGCCCCCGAUCGUGAUCCAGCCGUCGAUCGCCCCGGUUCCUACCCUGGUUCCCGGCGAGGAAACCAGGCUGCCCACCAUCCUCAACCCUAACCCCAUUCCUAACCCUUAG